AUGGAUUUUGUGGUGGGACUUUCUAAGACUUUGGAAAAGCAUGACUCUAUUUGGGUGGUGGUUGAUAGAUUAAUGAAGUCAACACACUUCAUUCUAGUUAGAGUGGAUUACAAUGCACAACAACUGGCCAGAAUUUAUGUGAAGAAGAUUGUAAGAUUGCACAGGGUGCCCCUUUCAAUCAUUUUAGACCGUGGUACGCAGUUCACUUCCAAAUUUUGGGAUAAGUUGCAUGAAGAGUUGGGUAUUCAACUCACUUUCAACACAACUUUAUUGAGGGCGUGUGUUAUUGACUUUGGGGAAUAUUGGGACAAGUUUUUGCCGUUGUGUGAGUCCUCCUACACUAAUAACUACCACUUCAGUAUUGAUAUGUUACCAUUUGAAUCCCUGUAUGAGAAGGGAUACAAGUCUCCCAUAGGGUGGUUUGAAGAUGGGAAAGUGGAGCUAUUGUGGGUUGACUUAGUAAGAGCCCGCGACACCAUUGCCCAAGGUCAUUCUAGAGAGGCCUCCCUAGAGCCACAGGUUGAGAUUGCUGAGGACCAGGUUCCUCCAGAGCCCGCGGCACCAUUGCUUCAGGAGACCUUAUUGAGGAUGCUGGGUAUGUUAGAAAGUUUUACACAGAAUAGAGUUGGUGUCCAUACUCCAGAGCAACAUCAUGUCCUAGUGGCUCCAGAUCAUAUGGGCCAGCUACUAUUGGUUCCCACACCAAUUGUCGGUGCACAGAUUACUCCAGAUAUGGAGAAGAGUAGAUUGAGAUUCAAGAGUUUGACUCAGAAUGGUAUGUCAGUUGCCGAGUAUGAGGCACAUUUUUGUCAGUUGUCAAGGCAUGCUACAAUAUUAAUCCCAGAUGAGGUGGAGAGAGUCCGCAAGUUUAUGAAGGGUUUGACCUUAUCUAUUCGAUCUUAUGUGUUCAGAUCAUCCCGUGAGGGAGCUUCCUUCCAGUCUAUUUUAAGCACCGCCAAGGAGGCAGAAUUGAUGGUCAGAGAAAAGUUUGGGGAUACCAAGAGGGCCUGUACUAGCGGUCAGUUUUUAGGUACCUCAUCUGGAGGCAGGGGUACAUACAGAGGCGAUAGUUAG